AUGGGCCACGCACGUAAAGGAGGUUACCGAGAAGAUGAAAGCCAAGAUGCGCACCAUCUAUCGUAUUUCCGGCUCGACAUGGGGGCCCUCUCUCGCCAGCAUCAGACGCCUGUACAUCACAAGUGUCCGCCCGAUCGCCGCGCCGCUCCCGUGUGGUUCCUUUAUCGAGACAACGAACGCAGGACCACAGCGACCCAGGUCGUCCACCAGGAGCUUGAUGUGCCGCCGCUUUCUCUAUUCCUUGAGAAACUCGGCCAAAAACAUCGCACUCGCAAUCUUGACACCCCGGAAUACGGUUCUCUCGAUACCGUGUGGGCAACCGGUACCAUGCCGAAGACCCUAAGCGCAGCGAACAACGUAGCACACCCAUACCGCAUCCUCUACAAAGUCACGGCCGCUUCUAUUGAUUUCGCGGCCCGGAAGCAACUCAUCGAACUCAACGAGGAGCGAGCUACGAAAACAGACCGGCGCGGUUUUCCGCUACCGAAGUUAACGUGGCGGAACUUCCUUGACCGACAGCAAGUGCGGGGCAAAGUCAUCAACGACAAACUUCAGGAGGCAUGCGCGCGGUACUGGCAGAACUACCUUGACGCUCGCCAAGACCGAAGGGAGGAUCAGACCGAGCCAAACCUUCGCAUCGCCAACCACCGUCCUCUCUCCCUUUCGGAAAAAUGGGGCCCAGCCAGCUUGAAAUACUAUGCCAAGCUCACGCGUGCUGAGAGCACCAUGUUGUUCCACCUUAGGACUGGUGUCGUGGGACUCAAGUCCUACCUCUUCUCCAUCCAUGUUCGCGACAUCGUCGACGACCUCUGCCCGUGCAAGCAGGGCAAGCACACCGUCGAGCAUGUCUUCAUCCACUGUCCUGCUUUGUUGGCUGAGCGGACACGGCUCUAUCAGCAAGUCGGUCACCAUGAUUUGAAGAAGUUGCUGACGCGUGAUUCCAAGGCUGCUGCCGCGUGGGCUAUCCGCUACCUAUCCAUUGAACAAUUUGGCUUGACUGGGCGGCAAACACCCGACAAAAUCUUCCAAAAGAGAGAUGGAGCGUGA